UAAGUUUAUUUAUAAUGCACAAGUUUUGGUGUCAAGGAAGAUCAAUAUAUUUAAAAAAUGAAAACUUUUUGAGAAAAAAAUUUAUUUCACAAGCAAGUUUAACAAACAAAAAAAAAUCUGUGAGAAUAGGAUGUGCAUCAGGUUUCUGGGGAGAUACAUCCACAGCAGCACCUCAACUUGUAAGAAAAGGCAAUAUCAACUAUUUGGUGUUUGAUUAUUUGUCAGAAAUAACAAUGUCAUUAUUAGUUCGAGCUAAACAGAAAAAUCCAGAAUAUGGUUACUGUCCUGAUUUUAUACAGCAUUCAAUUGGUCCUUUACUUCCUGAAAUCAAAGAAAAAGGUAUAAAAGUGAUUAGUAAUGCUGGAGGUAUUAACCCAUUAUCAUGCGCAAAAGUUUUACAAAGUUUAUGUAAGCAACAGAACAUUGAGUUAAACAUAGCUGUUAUCACUGGUGAUGACUUGAUGCCUCGGCUUAAAGAAAUUAAAGAAGAACUAGUUAACCAAUUACCCAAGGGAAUACACAGCAUGAAUGCUUAUCUUGGAGCUGGUCCUAUUGCAAGGGCUUUGGAUCUUGGUGCAGAUGUUGUAAUAACUGGUCGUUGUGUUGAUAGUGCUGUAACUUUAGCACCUUUGAUGCACACGUUUAAUUGGAAGUCUUAUGACUAUGAUUUACUUGCAGCAGGAAGUCUUGCUGGUCAUUUAAUAGAAUGUGGAGCACAAGUGACUGGGGGUAUUUUUACUGACUGGGAAUCAGUACAUGGAUGGGAUGACAUUGGUUUCCCUAUUGUUGAAUGCUACUCAAAUGGAGAAUUUAUAGUUACUAAACCUCCUUCAACAGGGGGUUUGAUUAGCAAAGCAACUGUUUCUGAACAGAUUGUAUAUGAGAUUGGUGAUCCAGAUAACUAUAUGUUGCCUGAUGUUACGUGUUCUUUCUCACAAGCAAAACUCUCUGUUGUCUCAGGUGAUGACUCUGCUGUUAUGGUAAAAAAUGUAUAUGGAAAACCUCCUCCAGUUGAUUAUAAGGUAAGUGCAACAUUUAUGGAUGGUUUUCGAGCUACUGCUGUUUGCCCUGUUGUAGGUCCUAAUUCUUCAUUUAAAGGUGAGCGCGUUGCUGAUGCUAUAAUCAAGAGGUGUAGAAGAAUGUUUCAAGAAAAUGGUUUUGAUGAUUUUUCUAAAAUCAAUGUCGAGUUACUUGGGACAGAAAGAAAAUAUCAAUUCUCUAGAGAACCUGUUAAUAAAAGAGAUGUAGUUUUAUGGCUUGCAGUUCAGCAUAGACAAAAAGAGGCUUUGGAAAUAUUUGCAAGAGAAAUUGCACCAGCUGGCACAGGAAUGGCGCCUGGUUUAACAGCCAUUGUUGGGGGAAGGCCAACUGUAUCUCCAGUUUUGAAACUUUAUUCAUUUCAAUAUCCCAAGGAAAAAGUAGAAGUUUUUAUUCAUCUCAAUGGGGUAAUGGUAGAAAAGUACAGAGAGUGCACUGAAAAGUACAAAGAGUACAAUCCAAAAGUUGAUCGUGCUGAAAGUCUAACACAAGAAUCUGUCACAAUAGCAAACUCAAAAAAAACUCAACAUUCAGGUGUUUGCACCUUGGGUACACUUGCUUACACAAGAAGUGGAGAUAAAGGAAAUGAUGCUAAUAUAGGUGUGAUAUGUCGUGAGAAAGAAUACUAUAAUUGCAUUAAAGAAAUCGUGACAGCUGAAGCUGUGGAAGAAUACUUCAAGCAUUUUUUUGAGGGAACAGCAAAUAAAUGUCGUGUAAAAAGGUAUGAGUUACCUGGAAUUUUUGCAUUUAAUUUUGUUUUGGAAGAAGUGUUAGGAGGAGGAGGGGUUGCUUCUCUUCGUUCUGAUCCUCAGGGUAAAGGCUUGGGACAAAUGCUGUUAGAUUUUAAAGUGACUUUGAGUUAAUUAACAUCAUUUGAUCGAGCAUAUUAAAUUUACUUUUCGCGAAAAAAAGCAAUUAUAUCAUGAAAACGGACAUCAAGAAAAAAUACGAUAAAAACUGUUAAAAGAAUUUGUUGAGAUAAAAACAAAGGAUGGGUUUCAGGAUGUGAUGCUCAGGAUAUAUAUUUUUUAAUAACCGUUAUUUAUUUUUUGUACUUUUUUGUGUGAUAUUUGAAGUAUGUUCGUGGUUGACAGUAAGUUUUUUUAUUUUAUUUUGUAAACUACAUUAUUGUCUUGUAAUAUUUAGUCCUGUUAUGGUUUAGAUUCUUUAUAGUUUUUAUGAAUUGUGGUUAUAAAAGACUUUAAUUAAUAUUUAUUUUCAUAAAUAAAAAAAUAACUCUUAAACGUUAAAACUAAAUUAUAAAAUAAAAUAAAAAAUUAACAACAACAUUUUUCGUUUGCGUUUCACGUUUAAUAUAAAUUUAAAAUAAACGUAACUAGUGUCUGAUAUCAAUAAAAUCGAUUAUGCAGUAUAAACUUUCGAUGACGGAUUAUAGCUUUUGUUAUUUGAGGCUCCAUUAAUCCUGUGAAUGUAAAUUAAGAGAAAUCUUAAGACUGUUAAAUUUGUUUAGCUGGUUUGUCAAUAUAGUGGAACAUCAAAGGAAUGUUUUGAAACUUUAAAGGAGGAGCAUGCAACAGUUUUUUGCGUCAUUUUAUAGGAAUAUAUAUAGUUAUUGAUGUAUUUAUGAGAUAGGUUUAAUGUAAUGUUUUUUUGAUAAAAUAAGUUGAUGCUGUAUUAUUUAAAUUUCUGAUUUCACUUGAAUAGUAAGAAAACACAUGAUUUGUUUUGUUAUUGUUUCAUUUUGGAAUGCCAAUUCAAAUGCGAGAAAAUAGAAGAUCAUAUUAUGGGUCUAAAAAUUGCGGUCAAUUUAAUGUUGAAAAGAGUAGACCAAUAAGUUGGUAUUCGCCUGCGAAAAUUGACCCUUACACUUCAGUGAGAAAAAUAUUUUAUGAAUUUCCAAAAAAAGAUUUUAAUGGUGACUCGGUUGCACACAAAACGAACGGUUUGGAAUCAUUGAAUUCUAUUGAAAAUAAAAAAAAUGCACCGAUAUCUUUACUUCGUGUGGAUAAUAAAAACCGUUCGCCGAGAUCUAGCCCAACCCUCUCGAUUAGAAGUAACGACUCAAAUAACAAUAUAUUUUCAAAACCACAUUUUUCUUCUCAUUUAUUUCCUAACAGUACUGAUGAAGUUAAUUUAAAAGUUGAAAGUAGUCUUUAUGCUAAUUUUUACGUUCCGAACUCUUCCAAACCUAAUAGAUCGCAAAUUUCAAGGUUCAGCAGCAAGCGUAAAAGUUUUGAUCCGUCGAAAUUAAAAAUGAUGAAAGAAGAAACUCUUGUUACUGAACCUUGCGAUUUUAAAAAACGUUCCUUUCAGGAUUUGUCUCAAUCUAUUGAAACAACUAUCUCGACACCUAAAUCUGAAAAAACCAGUACCACGACAAAAAUAUCAAAAGAAACGCCUAUUAUGACAAGAAAAUGUAAUAAAAUAACUAUAACAACGAAAAGUUCUGUUGAAGUACCUUUUGUGAAGCAAAAAUCUAAAGAAACCUCUUUUAAGAUACAAAAACAAAAAAAAACUGCAUUUACACCCAAAAAUUCUAAAGAAAUGCCGAUCAAGUCACGGAAUUGCAAUGGAACUUCAAUCAGUUACGUGUUUAAACAUGAUAAUGAAACUCAUGCUGAUAAUCAUAAUGAAAGUAACAUCUUUACCUCAAUGGAAAUUUACGUGCCAUGGACCAAACGCAGCACACUUUUAGAAACUAACUUUUUUGUAAGAGAACAAGGAACAUUUAGCAAAAGACGAAAUGGACGCAAAUUUUCGUCAUUACGCAUUUCUAACAUUUACUCAAAACAAAAAAACUUUCCAUCUUUAAAAAGAUCGCCGACUUUUGAUACAAAUACACUGAACUCAUACUCAAAUCUAAAAACGCGUAGAUUAAGUUCGUUAUCAUUAACUAGUAGACAGAGUUCUGAUUCUCAAAUCAGUAAUUUAAGCGAAACAUCGAGUAAACGAGAAAAAAAAUUUGUUUUUUUAAACUUUUUUUCGAACUAUCAAGAUAGACUUCGGAACUUAAAGGAGUUUCCUGACUCCAGAGAUUUAAUUAUGUUGUCUACAGCAAGUAAACUGUAUCCAGAACUUCUAAAGCUGUUUGAAGUUGAUUGCAAUUUAACUUAUCGGCACAUUUUUUAUGUGCGCUCAAGGUUAAGUAAAUCUGCUAUAAAUAGAGAGUUUCAAUGCGACGGUUGCUAUGGAUGCGAAGAAUUCCUUAUCAAUAAAGAAAGUAUUAAUAUGUAAAAGAUAUAUAUUUAUUUUA